CCGUUCCUUUUCACUCGCCGAACCACGAAAAAAACCAAUCUACUUACUUUCACGUCUUUCGUAAUCGUGUCUGUUCGAAAAAGUCUAAACAGAGCGUAGGUUCGUACGUAAUAGCAAAUAGAGCGCGAAGCUUCGUAUUUCCCGGUUUAACAGCGAUUCGCGGCCAUUCCGUGUAUUUUUCUCUCAACACCUAACCUAUCUAAUUGGCUCGCACAUCGUCAUCGUUGUAAUAUGUAAUGAUUCAGUGAAAGCGUCUGCCAAGCGAAGAAACCUUUCAUAAUCUAAGCAACUGUAUAGUUGGAAAGUCGUUAUUUCCUGUGUAGAAGAUACAGUGUAGCCUUUAUGAUAGGCGAUAAAUUGUGGCGUCACCUGCAAACACGUUUUUUCGUUGGCUCGUCGUUUUCGUCGUACAAUCGGAUAUUUGAUACAAACGGUAAAGUACGUAAUACGCAGUCACGCGCACUUCGUUACGCGUUCAUCUUACUGGUUAUCAAGUAUACGCUCUUUGGUGGCUCGGUGUGGCGUUUUUGUGAGCGAAAAAAAGAGAGGAACAAACCGAUCAACGUGAAGCUGAUCGACAGAAUGGAUACUGGGAUCUCAUAGCAAAAUGACAAUUGAUUCGAACGACGAACGUGCACGAAUAAGGCGAACCGACGUAUAAUUGGACGAUCAAGGAAAAAAGUACUGCGCGAAAUACUUGCAACAAACAAAACGUUGAAGACGGUGCGAAUCAAAAGGCGAGUUACAAUUUUUUUUGCACGAAGAUGAGAUCGGUGAUUUUAUAGAUACACCUAAUGGUGAAAGAUGAGUUGAGACAUGAUUUAAAUAUAAAGUAUACAACAAAACGAAAAAUAUGUAUGGUGCAGUACGUGAAGAAGUAUCUGAAAGUUGGUUGCACACGUAUGAUUUGAGCAGUACAAUGAUUCCUAAUGUUAGUUCACCGAUGAACGAUGAAGAACACUUUUGCAAGUUCAUCUUAUACAAAGAAAUCAAAGAUUCAAGAGUACGAAUAUGGGACAUUGUCAUAUUGAUACCAAAUCUCUUGUUUCUUUUAUUUAUCGCAGUGAGAUUUAAUAGAGCACGGCUUAAAUUACGAGCAACGAGUAGUCCAAUAUUUUUAGCAUUUUAUGGACUUGUCAUUUGUAAUGUAGUAAUUUCAGUAAUAAGAUGUAUUGUUUCAAUGACUGUAAAUGCAGCAGCCACCGUUGGUGGCAAAGCAGACAAAAUACUGUGGGUAACAGUGAGAUUUUUUCUGUUGUCCACAGAGAUGAGCGUGGUUAUAUUUGGUUUAGCUUUUGGACAUUUGGAUAGUCGCUCAAGUAUUCGUAGGGUAUUAUUCGCUACAUCGUUAAUAGCAUUGGCUUUUACCAUAACUCAAGGAACUUUGGAAUUAGUUAUACCAGACGAUACAUUCCAUAUUCCCAGUAGAGAUUUUUAUGUGUUUGGUCAUGGGGGUAUGAUGUUUUGGUUUUGCAGCAGUCUUGUUUUUACAAUGAUAUAUCUUUUUAUAUUAAUACUGCCAUGGACACGGUUACGAGACCGUUUAACCCUUCCAACAAGAAAAAGUUUUUACGUUUACACCGGUACAUUAGCCAUGCUAGACUUAGUACAAUCAAUCGGAGCAGGCUUCUUAAAUUAUACGCAAAAUCCCAUAGGAUUAUGUGUCGUGGAUUUUACCGCAGCGGUUUAUUUAACCCUGUUUACACCUUUGGUUUAUCAUACAUUCCUGUCCGAAUUCUUUGGGGUUUCACAACCUUCGAUAAUGUUCUCAUACAAGGCCCAAGUGGACGAUGCAAUGGACGAAGACACGGUGUCGCUGCCUCAUCAACAGAGUUUCUCCUCGUUAAAAACCGACAGCGAUUAUAUUUAUCAGAAUCACAGUGUCUAUGACUCGACCCAAUUCGACACAAAUUCGACACCGGUGAAUCCACUUUACGCGGCGUCUCUCCAGAGCCCGGAUAGCAUAACCGGUUACAGUAUAGACAGUCAAGAAGGCCAAGCCCAGGCAAAUGGUUAUCAACAACAGUGAAUCGUCAGAUCUGGCGUGGCUCGAUUCACCUCAGUCACUCGCAUGGGAUUUCAACGAUCAUUAAGUUCAAUUUCACCAUUCGAGUUCAACUUCAUUGAAAGUGAAAUUACCGCGUGAAAUCCACUGGAAAACGUGUUCGAAAUCGUUCGAUUCUCUUCCCCCCCCCCUCGUCCUUUUAAUCAACCAAAAACUGAAACGAAUGAUCCCCGCGUACGAACGAAUCCAUUGAAAGAAUCUAGUCGUUUUCUUUUCUUUUUUUUUCUCCAUUGCGAUCAAACAUUCUCGAUUUUCGAUUUUUAUUUCGCGAUAGCAUCGAAACAAUAGUCGCUAUCCAUUUUUUUUCAAGAGGCAAAAUAACAACCUCUUGGGUAGGUUUUUCGUUUCACCGAUAAAGUGAACGAAAUUUUACGUACUUAAUAAUUCGUUUCAACAGAGAAGAAGCGUUUUAGAGCGAGUGUUGAGAAGAAAGAAAGAAAGAAAGAAAGAAAGAAAGAAAGAAAGAAAGAAAGAAAGGAAGAAAGAAAGAAAGAAAGAAAGAAAGAAAGGAAAAAGGAUUUCAUUGCAUCGACGUGGAAAGCUGGUCAGCGAGCUGCUAAUUUCUCGAGAAGACAGAUUUCAUCGAUUGAAUUCAUCAACUUUUUGACAACUUAUUUUCUCCGUCCUCUUCAACCAAAGACAGGCCUUUCGACAGGUCUCCGACUUUCGCGAAAGAUCCGGGCACACGAUCCGCUGCUGCGAACGUCCCUCGCUAUUUUCCUACUUUUGCAAUUGAAAGAAGCAUUUUACGAAACGACGAGCAAGGACAAUAUGAAGAUAAAGAAUCUGGAAAUGGCGGAUAGUAACACUCCCGAGGAUCGAAACACGAAAGAAAGAAAGAAAGAAAGAAAGAGACUCCUCGAUGCUCCGCUAAAAACUAUUUACGACAGACUCCAUCCAUCGUGUAACAUGUAUAUACAUCCUGUAUUCUAGUGUAAAGGAUCGUGCUAUUUAUAUACCAAUAUAUUAUAUAUAUAUAUAUAUAUAACGUUAUAUAUAACGUUAUAUUUAUCGAUAUUGUAUGUCCGUGAACGUGCUAGUUUUGGCAGAGACGAUUAUUGAGAAUUCAUCUGCCUUUUUUUCAAUUUCAUACGAAUCUCAUUCGAAACAAUGUGGCGAUAAAUAAUAUCCCUUGAAAUUCUGCGUACUAACGGAAUCAAGAUACGAGCCAUCGACGAUGCACCGAUCACUUUUCGAAUCGUUAACGAAACGUUUCCUCUUUUAUUAUCUUAUUUCCCCUCCAUAUCGAUCCUCCAUUUAUCCCCCCUCCCUCCCUCCCUCUCUCUCUCUCUCUCUCUCUCUCUCUCUCGCUGUGAAACGCGAAUCAAGGUUUUUUCUACCAUUCGUAAAAUGACUUUUACGUCCGAUUUUAAACCGAUUUUAUCGUCAUUCGAAAUUCGAGAUGAGAGGUGCUCGCACGAUGGAAAAAAUAUAUAUAUAUAAAAUUUUAAAUAACGAUCGCUCCCCUCCCCCCUCUAGGAUAUAUCAUUUGGCGGCUAAGUUUUCUAGCAAUACGUACCCGUAUAUCACUUGUUCGACCGUUUUAUAACUCGAGAUUCGCGUGAUGAUACGUGGAUUUUGUGUAAAUAAUCGCGAACGGUUUUUCGAUUAGAAAGAGAUUAGAGAGGAGGCGAAAUCUCUGUCAAUUUGCGGUGUCGAUUCACUCGCACGUAUACACGCGUAAUUAAUUAAUUGAAAAGAAAAAAAAAGAAAAAAAAAAAAAAAAAAAGAAGAAGAAGAAACACUGACGGACAACCGUUCUAUUAUUCUAUCAUUCAAACGUUCUACUAAAUUAAUUGAUGUCUGACGAUCGGACCUCUUUUCUUUUUUUUCUUUUUUUUUUUUUUUUUUUUUUUUUUUUAAUUGUCCGAUGGGAUAGCGAAAGGCAAUACUUCGUAAACAACACGAUUAUACAUUAUUAAUGAGAAUAAAAUAACAUUUCAAUCGAACAACUUCACGGAUUCUUCUUUUCUUCUUUCAUCAUUCCCAAGGUCACGAGGCAAGCGUUAAAGCGUUCGCUUUUAUCUUCGAACGUUCCCCUUUCUUCGAAUGAAAUUUGAUAU